AUGAUGAUGAUGAUGAUUCAAAUCAUCAUCAUCAUCAUCAUCAUCAUCACUGAACCAUUUUAUGAUGUACAAUUUGGUACACCGGAACAGAUUCAAAUGUCUGUGUCUACAGGAAUCACCAUUCACCAAUUCACCAAGAUGCGCCUUCAUGCUCUUCCAAAUACGUCCAAAAUAAAAGAAAAAAGAGGACAUUUUCUUACUUGUGGUGCUUACACGACUGCUGAACUAAUCUUCUCUGCUGUCUCUUCACAUUGCAUUGCAAUAUUUUUGCACUUCAAGAAGUUUGGCCCAUCACUAUGCUCCCCUAAUUGUUCUGGUACAAUUUCAACAGAAAAAAUCAUUGGCCAGUUACAAAGGAAAACUACUAACAUCCAAACUUCGGACACAUCAACAUUUGGCGAUAUGUUAAAUCGUUCAAAGGAUCUGCAAUUUAUAACAGUAGCUAUAAAUGACUUGUCCACCUAUUAG